AUGCUAAUGGCAAGUUCAAGCAACACAGGAUCGCCAGAUCCAGAAAGAGUCGACACAGAGAUUUUGCUUCUUGACAAACCCUGCGAGUACUGCAAGCUACUCCAUCUCGACGAGGCAAAGCAUAGCGAUGCUGUUCGACAUAAGCUUAAGGGAAAGGGUUAUCGUUUCUUUGGAGAUGCUCGCGGAACGUUACAGACGACGCUUCAGACUGUUCGCUUAAAUUUGGGCUAUAAAAGGGAAGACGUACUACCGAAUCUUCCAGGGCUCGCUGCCAGUGUCUCCCAAGGAUGCGCUUUUUGUGAAAUCUUAAGGGGAGAUAUUAUCUCCAUCUUACCCAAGCUCGGAAAGGUUGUGGAGGAAGUAGAUGGCUUCAGUGGGUUUCAGAAGAAACUCAUUAUUACUGAAGUCUCCUACAAGUUGAAUGAGGAGGAUUACGAUGCGAAAACCCUUGCGCCACUUGUUCAAUGUUCAGAAGAAGCCCUUUUCCAACAGACUGCUGUCAACGCUAGCGGUGAAACGACUGCGCGAGCUAAUUACUCAAUCGUUGGAUAA